ACCUGUCAUCCACUUGCAACAAUCAGCAUAUUACACAAGGGCUCAACUGCAGAGAAUAGCAGAGGCAUGUGGAGGCAUGUCUGAGCUUAAACCGUAAUUUUCUCUGCAGAUGAUUUAAAUGGGUAUUGAUACUAGUAGACACAUAUAUGCUUAGCAUUAGAUAUCUUAAAACACAAAAAAUCAGAAAGUUCUUGAAAAACCCGGCUCAUCAGAGUGCUGCUUAUAAACUGGAAGAGUGUUAACUGGGAUUUUAAACGGAGAUUGGUGGGAAAUAAUUUAUUCUCAGAUAAAAAGAUUCGAAAACAGAAGCUUUACAGACAAUUUUGGAGACAUUUUCUUGCAGUGUAAAUCGUGUAUUUUUAUUUAUUUUUUCAGAAGGUCUAGAUUGAGAGGAGUGUUUGGAAAUAGGGUGAGUUGAUGUUUACCGUUCUCGCUUUCAGUCAGUGCACCUUCCACAACGAGGUCCACUGAGGCAGGUCACGGGUGUUAGAAUGGCAGUGGUUAAUACCGGGCCUGAUAACGUCGGUUCUUAGCGGGUCCGUGGCGGGAGGCCGAGGAAGGACCGCUGGUUAUUUAAACCGCCAGGAUGAGGGGUCUGCAAUUAUCCGGACUGUUUGCUGGAGCUCUCCCUUGGGCCAGCCGCUGCCACGGCUGUGGCGCUGGCCGGGAGCACACCAACCCGACCCUGCGAGGAGCCGGGUGCCCGCGGCGGCUGUCGGCAGGGCCAAGAGCGGCGCGGACGGGCCUCCCGCCUCCCGCUUGUCUCCGGCUUGGCCCCGGGCACAGGCACCCCUCCGCGGCCGUCGGUGUGAGUGCGGGGGACGUCAGUGUGAGGGGGCCGGACCUGGGCAGGGCAGGGCGGCCGCGUCCCAUCCCUCCCCGCCCCUCGCCGCGUCUCCCUUUCUCCGGCUGGGGGCGGCCGGGUUGGCGCUCGCCGGGAUCCUACUCCUCCUCCCUCAGUGCAUGGUCGUGGCGGGAGCGGCGGAGGGUGAGCCCGGCGGGGCGCGGGCCGGAGGCUGCGACGGGAGCAAAGCCCCAGCGCGAAGGAACCGCCACUGCCCGGCCAAGAGCAGACACCUGGUAGAACCUGAACAUCAUUCUGCAUAGGCAAGUGUGAGUAAUUCAGAGUUUAUAAGAAAAUUUCAAAGGUGUUUCCAAGCAUCAGAAUUAGUUGACCAAGACCUAAGGAUUUGGAACAGUGGUGUGUGAUGUCAAACAGUGGGCAGUCCUUGCAGCCUCCCCCGCCAGCCUGCAACAUCAUGUGCCAGUAUGAAUAUUAAGAAAGAAGAGUGUACUUCAGAGCUCAGCAUCCCAGAAAGAAAAAAGGAGGAACAGAAAGAACAAAUAACUGCACUGCUUGCAAAACUUGGGGCCGUUUACUUUUUCUUCUGAGAAGUAUCAUCUUGGCAUCUCUGAGACAGCUGAAAAAGCAGGCAGAACAGCUACUGGGAUUUUCUUAGGGUCCUUUUUUUCUUUUUUAACUUAAUUUUUUCCUACCCUUGUGCCUGGAUUUUAAGACCAUCAGCUGCACUGAUCACAGGCACUGAACACCAAUAUGUGUCAUGUCAUUGUAACGUGUCGGUCAAUGCUGUGGACUCUCCUGAGUAUUGUGGUGGCUUUUGCAGAGCUCAUAGCUUUCAUGAGCGCAGACUGGCUGAUCGGCAAAGCAAAGCCUUCAAGCUCCGAGGAUGUGGACAACAGAACAGGGGGGUCACAGGAACCUUACUAUCCAACUCUGGGCAUCUACGGGCGCUGCACAAGAAUCUCCCACAUGCAGUUUUCUAGACGAGACACGCUUUGUGGUCCUUACGCCGAAAACUUCAAUGAGAUUGCCAGUGGGUUCUGGCAGGCAACUGCUAUUUUCCUAGCUGUGGGAAUCAUGAUUCUCUGUGCCGUGGCAUUUGUGUCUGUCUUUACUAUGUGUGUGCAGAGUAUUAUGAAGAAAAGCAUUUUUAAUGUCUGUGGGCUGCUACAAGGGAUUGCAGGCCUCUUCCUUAUUUUAGGUUUGAUAAUUUACCCUGCAGGUUGGGGAUGCCAGAAAGCAAUAAGCUAUUGUGGACCUUAUGCUUCUGCUUACAAACUAGGAGACUGCUCCGUGGGCUGGGCUUUCUACACAGCUAUUGGUGGCACUAUUCUGACGUUCAUCUGUGCAGUCUUCUCGGCGCAAGCUGAAAUAGCCACGUCCAGUGACAAAGUGCAAGAAGAAAUAGAAGAAGGAAAAAACCUUAUCUGCCUCCUUUAAGUCCAGUGGGGAAAAGAUACCAGUGCCUGGAUCUUCAUCUGCUUUCCAUUGACUGGUCAAGCAGAUCCACUUACUUUUUUCUGCCAUUUGUGUGAUUGAGCCCCAUGCAUUCCAGCCCCGAACUACUGAAAUGGUCUUUCUCCCUUGCUCAGCAAUGAGGAGCAGAGAAAGAAUCCCAAGAAAGCAGAAUGUAAAUAUUUGGGGAUUUUUUUAGUUUCACUCUAUGAUCAGGACACAGUGGAAUAUAGUAGUCUGACUGGGAGGUGAGGAAUCAUGUAUAUAGCAGGAAUGUUGCUGUUAUAACUGACAAAUUCUGAUUGAUCGGAUUGCCUUACCCACCUUGUUCACUUUGAGGAAUUUGGAUUUAAAAUAAUAAAAGCCAGCACAUU